AUUCUUGAAGAACGCCCACCAUCAUAACGGAGGAUUGGCAUCGGUGAUACAUGCGAUGCAGGCCAGCCUCUAUGCCAGAGCUUGAUUAGGUAGGAAAACUCUACUGUACGUUAAUCCUAUCAACGCGGGCCCUAUGCUCUGAAACCCCUCGAACCGAGAAAUCCAUACUUGGAGUAUACGUAGCAAUCGAUCCGAGUCAUUAUCUCCCGAUCAUCCACCCCGGAACUUGAGACAACUUGCUUUGAACCAAUUAAUUUCUCCAUAGCGUAGUUUCGAACUUCUGGAGGCCAAGAAGUGGAGUUUCGUCGCUGUGAUCGGACACUUACAGCGACCAUGGUCAAGAGCAAUGUUACGCCAGAGGAUCCCAUUGACGUUCAACCUGCCAUCGGGCUAAUAGGUAUGGGAGGUAUGGGCACCAUGUAUGCGAAAUAUCUCUCAGCAGCGGGUUGGAAGAAAAUAUAUGUCUGUGAUCUUCCUAGUAAGUAUGACGCAUUGAAGCAACAGUACCAAGGCACACCAGGUAUCACUGUUCUUCGUGACGGCCAUGGGGUCUCGCGUAUCUCGGAUUGGAUCAUGUACUCUGUCGAAGCGGAAUUCAUUGACAAGGUUGUUGCUGAAUAUGGUCCAUCAACGAAGGUUGGAGCUAUUGUUGCAGGGCAGACGUCUGUGAAGACCCCUGAGAAGUAUGAAUUCGAGAAACAUCUACCUGAAGACGUACAAAUUGUUUCUUGCCAUUCACUUCAUGGACCUACCGUGUCCCCGCUGGGUCAACCUCUGGUACUAAUCAAACAUAGAGCCUCAGAUGAUGCACUGCGACUUGUGGAAAACAUUCUGCGUCCGCUCGGAUCACGAUUCGUAUACAUGUCCUAUGAGGAGCAUGACAUUGUAACAGCAAACACCCAAGCUGUCACUCAUGCUGCUUUCCUGAGUAUGGGAACAGCAUGGGCAAGCGCAUCUUCUUAUCCUUGGGAGCAUGGCUACUAUGUCAAAGGUAUCGAAACAGUCAAAGUGAACAUCAUGCUCCGAAUCUACUCCAAUAAGUGGCACGUCUACGCUGGCCUCGCAAUGCUCAAUCCCUCCGCACGGAUCCAAAUCGACCAAUAUGCUCGCAGUACCACUGAGAUAUUUAAACUUAUGCUAGCAGGUGAUGACGUCGGUCUUACAAAACGCAUUUACGAAGCGAGAGAUAAAGUUUUCGGAGGGAAUGGCGCCGAGGAGGGUGUAAAGCACCGUGCACCUAUCCUCCUUUCUGAGGACAUCCUCAAUCGGUUUAGUCUAGGCAAACCCCGAGAAACUUCAGGUGGUUCAGCAACUCCACCUUCACCUACAGGCGGUCUCCCAGCAAACUCCCACCUCUCACUCCUAGCCAUGGUAGACUGCUGGGCCCAUCUAGACAUCCAACCUUUCGUCCACCUCGACCUCGCCGCAACACCGAUAUUCAGAAUGUGGAUAGGUGUCGCUGAGUAUCUCUUCCGAUCCCAAAACCGCUUGGAUGCAGCGAUCCAUGCUGCGUUAUAUGAUGUUUCGCAUCGUUCGGACGACCUCGAGUUUGUGGUUGCAGCUAGAGGGUGGAGUCAAUGUAUUUCAUUCGGGAGCUUUGAGCUGUACAGGGAGAGGUUUGAGCAGACUGCGAGGUUCUUCCAGUCUAGGUUCGAGGAUGCUACGAAAUUGGGUUCAGCGAUGAUCCAAGCUAUCAUGGAUAGUUCUUCAGACGAGAACGCCCAGAAGGCGUGAAGAGCAUGAUCUUGGUUUUAGGUUAGGAUGGCGUUUAUUGGGUAUCUAUGGUCGGACAUCUUGCAUGUAAUAGUAACCCCGUGUUUCUUGACACAAGCUAAAAUUCAGCUUCGGUCCGGGUAGCUUAAACUACCAAGCUUUUGCUUGUUAUGACCUCGAUGGCGGAGUACAGACACUGGAUGAAUUCGGUACAACGAUGCAGUCAGAACAAACCCGUCAGUGAAGAGCGUUUAGGACCUGGUACAGAACCAUGCCGCAAUACCUUAUUACCAGUCUUUUUGACGUGUAUGAGGAAUCGCAGUUUAAUUUGAUAUUGUAUAAUCGUACGCAUUCGGGUAUUCGUAGCCAAGAAACGCUUGUCCCGUGUCCGUGCAUGU